AUGAGCGAAUUGGAUGACCGUUAUGAACGAGGUCAGGAAACCCGUCGGAUGUUCGGCGGCGGCGUCAUCGGCGGCGGUUCGGCGCCCGGCGCCUGGGACAUCGCUCCCGACCUGGAACGCAUCCUCGGCGAGGCAUUGUUCGGCACCAUCUGGAAGCGUCCCGCCCUGACCCCGGUGCAGCGGGAGAUGGUAACGCUGUCUUCCCUCAUCGUGUUGCAGCGGGAGAACCAGCUCCGCCGCCACCUCGGCAACGCGCUGAACCUCGGAUUGACGCCGGAACAGAUUGUGGAGCUGAUAAUCCACGAUACCUGGUACGGAGGCGCGCCCGCCGGCAUAAACUCCCUCAGCAUCAUUAAGGAAAUAUUCGAGGAGCGCGGCAUCGACUUUACGCCGACCCGCAUCCACGACACCAAUGAAGACCCGGACAGCCUGUUCCAGCGUGGCGAGGAAUACCGCCGCAACUACAUGGGCACGCAACCCGGGGGACGGCCGGCCCCGCCCACCCAAGCCGAGCGCGAACUGGGUCGCAUUACCGGCGAAUACUACUGGGGCGCAACGUGGACCCGCCCCGGCCUGGAUCUGACCAGCCGCUGCAUCUGCACGAUGACCUGCCUGGCCACGCUGGGUCGGGAAGGCCCACUGCGCAGCCACAUCCGCGGCGCUCUGAACAUCGGCCUGACCCAGGAUCAGAUUAUCGAGGUCUUCGGCCACAUGACGCUGUAUUCGGGCAUUCCCUUUGCCCGUGGCGCCAUGGACGUAGCCAACGACAUCUUUACCAACGGCUAA